AUGCGUGUCCUAGGCACUUUGAUCGGUCUGCUGACUGGGACGAAACUCCUGGCCCCCGCGCUGGCCAUCGAGUUGGACAUCACGAAUGAGGAUUCGGUCAAGAAUGCAGCAAGUAUAGCAACGUGGGGCGCAAUGUCUUAUUACAUUGGCAACGAAACGGGCCAGACCCCCGGCGUCAUCCCUAAUAAAUGGUACGAAGGCUCGGUGCUAUUUCUGUGCGCCAUCUACUACUGGCAUUUCACGGGCGACGCCACCUACAACGAGGAAGUCCGCCUCGGACUCGAGUGGCAAUCCGGGGAUAGCGACUUCCUGCCUGGAAACUGGUCGCAGUAUAUGGGCAAUGACGACCAGUCGUUCUGGGGGGUUGCUGCCAUGACGGCCGCCGAGCUGAACCUCACCGACUACGGCCAGUACUCGUGGCUGUCGCUUGCGCAGGGCGUGUUCAACACCCAGACCCAGGACCCGAGUCACUCGGGCUGGGAUGAUACGUCGUGCGGCGGCGGCGUGCGCUGGCAGCAGCACAACAUCAUGAAAGGGUAUACCAUGAAGAAUGCCAUCUCGAAUGGACUGUUGUUCCAGAUUUCGGCUCGUCUCUACCGCUACACAAAUGAACCGGACUAUGCCACUUGGGCAGAGAAGAUUUGGGACUGGUCGAAUGAGUACUUGAUCAACAACCAGACCUGGGAAAUCGCCGAUUCGGUCAAUACUACGCAGGAUUGCAAGGUGAAGGGCAUGGGUGAAAAUUCAUACAACUAUUCCUCGUUUCUCAUGGGGUUGGCCUAUAUGUAUAACCAUACCACAGGCGCUGCCCAGGCGAAAUGGGAGGCAGCCAUCUACGGGCUUGCCAACAAGACGCUGAAUGAAUUCUUCCCUACUAAGUAUGGCAAUGUUGAAUACGAGCCGUCCUGCGAUCCGUUCCCCACACAAUGCUACGACGCAAACAACCUCUUGUUCAAGGGGCACACCUCCUCCUGGCUCGGCUUCACCGCUCUGUUGGUCCCGCAGAUCUACGAGGAUAUCAUGACUCGGCUCCAGGCGACCGCCAAGGCCGCUGCCGCUGCCUGUACCGGGCCCGGGCAAGACGGCAAUCAGUGCGGAAGUGCGUGGUACCAGAGCAAGUAUGACGGCCGCACCGGCAUGGAGGAGCAGAUCUCGGCUGCCGAUCUCUUCUCCGUCAACAUGAUUCCGUUCAUCCGUGUCACACCCCAGAAAUACCUGGCGCCGUUGACCUCGACGACCGGUGGCUCUAGUACCAGUAACCCGAACGCGGGAAUGAAUGAUAAUACGUAUGGAGAGCAGUUCGCGCCCAUCACCACGGGAGAUCGAGCCGGCGCGGGCAUUCUGACUGCUACUUUUCUGGCCGGUUGGAUUGGCGGCGUGUUUUGGCUGUUGAUGAAAUAG